AUGGAGCUCCAACCAGACAUGGCUUUGGUCCUCUCCAAGCACGUUCUACUGACGGAAGCCAAGAACUCGAACGCCGUGAUUUCCCCGCUGUCAAUCCAUGUCGUGCUGAGCCUCAUCGCCGCCGGCUCAAAGGGAUCCACUCAGGACCAGUUGCUGUCUUUCCUCCAGGCCAAGUCGAUCGAUCAUCUCAACUCUAUCUCUGCCAAGCUCAUCUCCGUUUUUGCUGAGGGAAGCGCCAGUCGAGAAAGUCCAAAACCGUCGUCGUCUUUCUUGAAGGGCAAGUUAAUUGAACAUUUCAACUCCAUCUUCCCCAAGCGCGUCCCCGUUUUGGCUGAGGGAAGCACCAGUCGAGAAUGUCCUGAGCUGUUGCUUGCUAAUGGGAUUUGGGUGGACAAGUCGGUUCAUUUGAAGCGAUCUUUCAAACUGGUUGUGGGCAAUGUCUACAAGGCUGCUUGUCAUGAAGUCGACUUCCAAGCUAAGUCCAUGAACAUGAUCCUCGUCUUUUUAAAUGAACUCUGA